GCGCACUGCGCGUGAGAGCAAUGCAGAAGCGGCGCCGUCCGAGCGGAGCAGUGCCAAGCGGACGGCCAGCUCCAACACCCUGCGUGCUGUGAAAGCCGCAUACAAGGUACCAUCUCGGCCGGGAUCGCCGGAUUCCCACGACGAGGUGGGCUUGGCCCACUAA